AUGAAGUACCUCACUACCAUCUCGGUUGCUCUCAGCCUCAUCCUCUCCACUACUGCGGCGGCUACUCCCGGACCCCUGAUCAAUGCCGACCUCCUUCCUCGCGAUAUGUCUGCUAUGCCUCGUGGUAUAACAUCUCUCUUGACUAGAGAUGCGAUGAUGGAUCGUCGUGCUCUCGAAAAGCGUGCUGGUUGCUUUCAGGCAUGUAACUCAGGAUGUGGAGGCUGCACCAGUAUGGGCUGCCUUAGCGGUUGCCAGAUCAAUUGCUCGAUCUGUUGUGAGAUCCACAACGGCAAUUGCACCGACUGCGGUACUCAGUAUGAGUGUGAUCAGUAG